ACUUAAACUGGUAGCGUAUGGGUACAAAGCUGUAAUAAAAAGCAUAAUUUCUGGCACCGUUAGGGACAUGUGCUCCGGUACAAUGAAACGACCUCGAAACAAACGCUGACACAUCCUCUGUUUACAGAGAUAUUUAGGUCCAAAUAUGGCGACGGUUGAUGUUAACGCAGGGCUCGGGCUAUUCCAUGGAAGCGACUGGAGCAGCUAAUCGCACUCUGGAGGCUUAACAGGAAUCCCUUAAUAUGAGUGAUGAUAAACCUUUCCAAUGUACUGCUCCAGGGUGUGGACAGAGAUUUACAAAUGAGGAUCACUUGGCUGUCCACAAACACAAACAUGAGAUGACCCUGAAGUUUGGCCCAGCAAGGAAUGACAGUGUCAUCAUUGCUGACCAAACACCUACACCCACACGCUUUUUGAAGAACUGUGAGGAGGUUGGACUCUUCAAUGAGCUUGCAAGUCCAUUCGACCAUGACUUCAAAAAAGCGACUGAAGAUGACAUUAAAAAGUUACCAUUGGAUUUGUCACCGCUUGCAACGCCUAUCAUACGCAACAAAACUGAGGAGCCCACAUCUCUGGAGGCACAUCGAGAUAGCCCUCUGCCUCACCCUGAAUCCACUACAAAUGAUGACAAGGAUUUAUCUUUGCAGCCAGCCUCACUGCCAACAUCCACUAUAGUCCAUCCUGCAUCCCUCCAAGUUCCCAAUGUACUUCUAGCAACCUCAGAGGCUAAUGUUGUAAUACAGCAAGCGCUCCCAUCACCAACAUCUAGCUCUGUUAUUACGCAAGUCCCAUCCACUAAUAGGCCUAUAGUCCCAGUGUCUGGCACCUUCCCGGUGCUCUUACAGCUGCCUAACGGUCAGACCAUGCCAGUUGCUAUACCCGCGUCUAUUACAAGCUCAAGUGUACAUAUCCCAACUACAAUCCCUCUUGUCAGACCUGUCACCGUAGUGCCUAACGUCCCCGGGAUCCCAGGACCUCCCUCGCCACAGCCACAGCCCGCCCAAUCAGAAGCAAAGCUGAAACUGAAAGCCACGUUAAGCCAGCAGCUUCCUCAGGUAACCAACGGAGAUGGUGGUGAAGUCCAGAGCAGCGCCGUAACCCACACUGCUGCUCCUACUUCUCCUGCUCCCACCCCAGCCCCAGCUCCAGCCCCAGCCCCAGCUCCAGCCCCGAUUGCGGUCCUAACUCCCACUCCGGCUCCUCACCUGCCCACAACUGAGGAACCUUCUCCCCAUUCCCUUCAGCAGCCGGCUACAUCUACCACAGAGACACCUGCUUCCCCAGCGGCCCCUGCGCCAAACCCUCCAAGCACAGGGGGUCGGCGGCGCAGAACCACAAGUGAAGACCCCGACGAGAAGCGGCGCAAGUUCCUGGAGCGUAACAGGGCCGCAGCUUCUCGCUGUAGGCAGAAGAGGAAAGUGUGGGUCCAGUCUCUGGAGAAGAAGGCUGAGGAUCUGAACUCUGUGAACGGACAACUACAGAGUGAAGUCACCCUGCUGAGAAACGAAGUGGCUCAGCUGAAGCAGCUUCUUCUGGCUCAUAAAGAUUGCCCUGUAACCGCCAUGCAGAAGAAAUCUGGCUAUCACAUCUCUGACAAAGAUGAGAGCUGCGAGGAAAUGUCCGUCCCCGGCAGCCCCCAGAACGAGGCCAUCCAGCACAGCUCCGUCAGCACCUCCAACGGGGUCAGCUCCUCCUCCAUGACCCCGGCCGUCUCCGCCCCAUCCAACGCCGCCACCACCACCACGUCAAACCAGAGCACAGAGGAGAGCCAGUCUCGGCCUUCAGGGAGUUGAUCGUCCCAAACUGUGCCCCGAGCGUCAACACUGGAGCGCUGUUGCCUCUUCGAUCUCUGACAAACAGAGCAAAGGGAUUCUCUCUCAGCUUCAGUUUGGACCGUGUCGUCGUUUAUUUAUUUCUUGAUUGCUUUUUUGUAUGUUUGUUUUGUCUUCCGUUGGUGAUGCUUUUUUUUGAGAAUGCAAAUGUUUUCUCUGGAAUUGGUGAAGACAAAAGAACAGGCACUUUAGGUGUAAAAUGUAAAACACGUGGUUCAGAAAUGUUUUUGUAUCUGUGUUAAUUAUUUAUUAAUCUUUAUAUAUUUUUUUAUUUAAAAAGUGAUCUUCCUGAAGGUUUGAUCAGUGAGUUGUUAGAGACCUUACCAAAGUGUGUUGUGCUUCAUUUGUAACUAGUCUUUUUAAUUUCUUUUAUAAGCACUAUCUUUAUGACGAAGUUACAUAAAGAGCGGUCACUUUUGUUGUCAUGAUUUUCCAUUUUGCACAUUUUUGAGAGAUGACGGGUUUUUUAGAGUUUCAACAGUCCACAUGUUAAGUACCGGCAGCUUUUUAGAAGUAGAUUUGAAUACUGUCACACAACACACGUGUAAAUGGCUGAAUCAGAUUUAAAGUCAUCUUUUCUGUGAGCGAGAUCAGCUGUAGUUGCAUCGUGCAGUUUGAAUGUUCGAGCUCGCCUCUGCUUUGUAAAAAUAGUCUUAAGGAGGUGAGCUGGUUAGAAAUGUGUGUUGUUUCAUUAACAUUCCACCUGUAGUCUGAUUGUUCCUGAAGCAGUGAUUGUAGGAUUGCAGUACCUUUUCCAUUACUCAAUCUUGGUGACUUCAUUCAGUGCCAUUAAUGUUUUUGUAUAAAUGACUUCGGUACAUUUUUAAUAGCUUGAGUUAAUAGCUGUUCUCUCAGAUUAAGGGUCUCAUGAACAUAGGAAAUAUCUUGCUCCGCAUACUGUCUUUGCUUUAUAAGUGACUGUUUAUGGCUUUAACGCAGAACACUUAAGGACAUUUAGUUGUUUUCAUGGCUGCAUUUCUCGAAGACAUUUUUAGAAAACAUUGUAAAUAACAUCAAUGAUGCAUUGUAUGUGAUCUUUCUUGGUGUUAUGUACUUAGUUUUUUUUUAUAGCGUAGUCUGGUUUCAGUAGCUGAGCCCUGUUGAUCACGUUAGCAGUGGAUCUUAACGAUGUUUCAAUCAUUAGGAUAGGCCUCUCUCUGACUCCUGUCAUGUAAAAUUUAAAGCAUCCAGAUGUGACCUGGAAUCGCAUCAUGUAUAUUAGAGUAACACUACUACCGCCUGUAAGAAUUGUGAGCAUUUCAUCAUUGAAAUAAUAGUAGGAAGCAAAUCACACCAUGAAGUCAAUUUGCCUUUUCUCUUAGUCUGUACUGGCUUACUACUGUGUAGUUUUACGAGAAGCUAACACGUUGUUUUCUUAAAUUCUUUUAUAAAAAUUUUACUGUUAUGUGCUAUCUGCAUGAGAUAAUAAUUCUCUGCGAGAAUUUUAACUGUUUAUUCAAUAAUGUCUCAGUCAGAUAAAUAUCAUUAAACAAGUUGUUUCAACUUGA